AUGGAAAAACCAAACGUACUUGUAUUGGGUGGUGUAGGUUUUAUUGGUAGAAAUUUUGUUCACUACUUAUUGACCAACAAUCUUGUGGGCGAGAUCCGCGUUGCCGACAAGAUGUUGCCUCAAACUGCUUACUUGUCUGAAACUUUUCAAAAAGACUUUGAAAAAGUCGAAUUCAAACAAGCUAAUUUGAUUCAUCAAGCUUCUAUCUCGGCUUGUUUCGAUAGAGAAGAUGGAAAGGAGUUUGAUUAUGUCUUCAACUUUGCUGCAGAGACCAAAUACUCUCAGGUUCCUGAAAUAUAUCAAGAACGCAUCUUCAAUUUGUCUGUCAAUUGCGCAAAAGAAGCUGCCAAAAGAAAGCUUAAAGUGUUUGUUGAAAUGUCUACAGCUGAAGUCUAUGACAGUAACCAGGGCGCUUCAGCCGAGACUUCUAAAAUCAAUCCUUGGACUGUUAUUGGUAAACACAAAUACAAGGCCGAGGAAGCAUUGAAGAAGAUUGAAGGACUCAACUUGAUUAUUCUUCGUCCUGCUGUCGUGUAUGGUCCAGGUGCGAAUUUGGGAUUAACACCCCGCUUAAUUAUCGGCAGAAUAUACAAAUAUCUAAACGAAGAAAUGAAAUUACUCUGGUCCAAAGACUUGAAAUUAAACACAGUCCAUGUAGACGAUGUUUCUAGAGCUUGCUGGCACUUGGCACAGUGGUAUGUUCAGACUAGCAGUCAAAGUACCUUUAAGGAAGCUCCCGUUUUCAACUUGGCAGAUAAGCAAGACACAGUAGAUCAAGAAGCAAUCAAUAAGCAAUUACAAUCUAUUUUCAAUAUCAAGACGGGUUAUCAUGGCACCGUUGUAUCUACUUUUGCAAAGCUAAACAAAGAUGCUGUUAUUGAAGCUGUUAAUGAAAAGCAUUUGGCGCCUUGGGCAGAAUUGGCUCAAAAGAGUGGUAUUUCUGUUACACCAUUAUCUCCUUACCUUGAUGAAGAACUCUUGUACAAUAAUGCACUUUCAGUUGAUGGUUCAAAGAUUGAGAAGGAAACAGGAUUUACUUACAGUGUUCCCUUUUUGACACAAGAGAAAUUGACAGAGAUUAUCAAUGAAUACAAAGCCUUGAAUGUCUGGCCAAAGGAUGACACUAAUUAA